CCGGCCCCGCCCACCCCGCUCCCAGCGGCUUCUGGCGGAAAUACUCCCGGCAGCGGAGCGCCGGCCGGUCCUCGCACUUCCGGCGAGAGGGUCCCGGCCCCGAGCAGCUGCUGCUGAGCCUCAGGCCUGGGGACCUGUGAGCCCUGCAUCUGGUUAACCAUGGAGACGGUCGGCUCGGGCCACCAGCCCCUUAGGUGAGGACUCUGCCUAGGGCUCCGUGGGCCAUCCUGCAUCAUGGAGGUGAAGAGGACUCCUGGCACCGGGCCGCGUUCUUGUUGAAAGUCGUGGCCCAGCUCAGCCGGCUCUUCUGUGGCCUGUCUUCAGGAGAUGCCCAUCGUGACCCCAGCGCGGGAGGUGCCGCUCCCACGGAUGGGGAGGUGGGCCCUCGACGUGGCCUUUGUGUGGAAGGUGGUGCUCACUCUGGGGCUGGUCCUGCUCUAUUACUGCUUCUCCAUCGGCAUCACCUUCUACAACAAAUGGCUGACAAAGAGCUUCCACUUCCCCAUCUUCAUGACGAUGCUGCACCUGGCCGUGAUCUUCCUGUUCUCCGCCCUGUCCAGGGCGCUGGUGCAGUGCUCCAGCCACAGGGCCCGCGUGGUGCUCAGCUGGACAGACUACCUCAGCAGAGUAGCUCCGACAGCAUUAGCAACGGCGCUGGACGUGGGUUUGUCCAACUGGAGCUUCCUUUACAUCACCGUCUCACUGUACACAAUGACCAAAUCCUCCGCCGUCCUCUUCAUCUUGAUCUUCUCUCUGAUCUUCAAGCUGGAGGAGCUGCGUGCAGCUCUCGUCCUGGUGGUCCUCCUCAUCGCCGGGGGCCUCUUCAUGUUCACCUACAAGUCCACCCAGUUCAACAUGGAGGGCUUUGCCUUGGUGCUGGGGGCCUCGUUCAUCGGUGGCAUUCGCUGGACCCUCACCCAGAUGCUUCUGCAGAAGGCGGAACUUGGGCUCCAGAACCCCAUUGACACCAUGUUCCACCUGCAGCCACUCAUGUUUCUGGGGCUCUUCCCUCUCUUUGCCAUAUUUGAAGGUCUCCAUUUGUCUACAUCUGAGAAAAUCUUCCGUUUCCAGGACACAGGGCUACUCCUGCGGGUGCUCGGGACCCUCUUCCUUGGUGGGAUUCUUGCCUUUGGUUUGGGCUUCUCCGAAUUCCUCCUGGUCUCCAGAACCUCCAGCCUCACUCUCUCCAUUGCCGGCAUUUUUAAGGAAGUCUGCACUUUGCUGUUGGCAGCUCAUCUGCUGGGCGAUCAGAUCAGCCUCCUGAACUGGCUGGGCUUCGCCCUCUGCCUCUCGGGAAUAUCCCUGCAUGUCGCCCUCAAGGCCCUGCACUCCAAAGGUGAUGGCCCGAAACCCUUGAAGGAGCUGGGCUCCAACCCCGACCUGGAGCUGCUGCUGCGGAACAGCCAGCCGGAGGAAGGUGACACCGAGGAGGAGGAGUACUUCCUGGCCCAGGGGUAGCAGCUACCAGCCGGGAGCAGCUUGGAAGCAGGCGCGCCCCAGCCUCACCCUGGAUGGCAGCUCAGGGACCCGGCUGGCUCCUCCCCGCAGCUGGGAGCAGGGGGCCAGGAGCAUCCAGGCUGGGCCUGGGCUAGCACGUGACCCGUGGUGGGGCUGGGGCAGGGCGUCGGUCAGACAGGGUGAGCAGCAGGCCAGCCUCGGACUGGGACCUGCGCUGUGGUGGAGUCCCAGCGGGAGAAGGGAGGGCUGAUUUCACGUGCUUGCCAGGCUCUGGCUGCCAAGAUGGUGAUUUCAGAGGCUUAGCAAGCCUGUAAGGGGACUGGGUGUGGUCUGCGGAGCAGUUGGGAAGGGGCCAUGGAGAGGCUGGGGCCUGAUCACCUGGACAGCCUCUUUUCUCAGCAGAUCUGUUUAUAGUUUGGAAAUAAAAGGUUGACACUC